GAGGGAUCCUGAAAAAUUACUCCAGUGUUGGUGUGACGACAGUGACCGUAUCGUAUAAAUGCCGGGACGGAAAGUUAUCUGCUCAUACCUCUAGACUUGGCCUUUAAGGUCACCAACUGCUGCGAGCGACUGAAAGCAACUAUUAUCACUGCCGAUAGUGCCAGAAACUGGGGAAAGGACAAUAUUUUACCAGACGAAAAACUAAAUUACCAUGAAGUCGACAUGUCUGCUUAUCCUUGCAUCUCUAACGGUCUGCAACUUGAUGGUGUCUGGAGGGCAGAGCAUGUCUGCUGAGGAUGAGACUGACCGAAAGACCAUAGACGACAUUAUUUUAGAGAGAGCAGAGACUCUUCUGUUACGGUCCAUUCUCAAAAAGCUGCAGGAUGAAGACGGAAGAAAUGACGGGUAUUACUCUCAGCCAGAAUGGGUGACAAAACGACAGCACCCUGGUAAGAGAUAUAGUGAUGAUUUGGAGAAGCGGCAGCAUCCAGGAAGGAGAGAAGAGGACGAGGAUGAACAGUACUUUGAUGUUCAAAAGAGACAGCACCCGGGCAAGCGCGAAGAUGAAACGCACUCUUUCCUAGAGCCGCAGAAAAGGCAGCACCCGGGAAAGCGCUCCACGGCGGGUCACAGUUCUGACAACCCCAUCCUCCUGCUCAGUGAACUUUCAAAACGGCAACACCCAGGCAAGCGUUACCUGGUGCUGCACAGCAAACGCCAGCACCCAGGUAAGCGUCUUCUAGAGGAUGAGGACGGCGACAGGGACUGGGAUGCGGACGCGGAUGGAGAAGAAGACCUCGCUGAGAUGGAAAAGCGUCAGCACCCUGGGAAACGGUUUUGGGAUAACUCGAGUGCGGAUUUAGGCACAAACAGUCCGUGUGACGUUUUGGACCCUGCGAGCUGCAGCAAGACCAGCCUGCUGCUCGACUUUUUAGACAACGUUAACAAGGGCCACGCCGAGGAGAAGAGACAACACCCGGGUAAAAGGUUUGCACCGGAUGAGGAUUUAGUGGAUGGAGAGUAGAUUAGACAGGAGUGCGUAUUUCGCUGUAUUGUAAACAAAUAAAUGUAUAAAUUAAAUGACCACAAUGAAUUAUAAAAAAUGAAAAAAAGAUCAUUAAACCUUUUGUGCCACCGCUUGUUCUUUUGAAGACAUUUGAGACAUCAUUACCGCAAGCCAUUUGUCUGACAUUUUCUUGGAGAGCUCAUGCGUAAUUGCCAUCCAAACUUUGGAAUAACUAUAUAGCUGUACAGACGUUUUUUUUCUUUCAGAAGAGUUUGUGCCAUAUGUUGAUCUUUUAAUAGCUAUCGUUAUUAAUAGCAUUCAUUCAGUUGACGAGAUUAUUGAUUCUUACAUUGAGGCAGAUGAUUAAAACAUUAGUCAGAUGGUUUUAGCGAUGUUGCCUCUGUGAGGCAACAGGCGCUCGUCAGUUCAGCUUGUAUUAAGAUCAAAUUAAAGUGUCUAUGUUUACACAUAAAAGCUCCCUCCUCUGUUCGAUUUGCGUUUCAUUAUUUUCUACUCAUGUAAAAUAUAAUGAAUAUCACAGCAAAUAAAUUGUGUCACUGCUUAUUUUUCUACAUUACUGCAUGGUUUACGUAAUUUGAAGCUAAUGUUGUAAAUUAAAAGCUGCCCUUGCCUUAAAGUCAACCACCAAUGUUUUUGUUGGACAAUAAACGCAUUGGUAAAAACGUAUGGUUUGCUUUAGUUCCAGUAAAUGCAAUGCCUCAUGGUGCACCAUUAAACUGUUGAUUCAA